GAUAACAUUUUUUUUUCUGUUGCUUUGAAAUAAGUUCAUUUCCAAAACUAUAUAAAGAAAAAUUAUUCACAAAAAUGAAUUUUCAAAGCUGCAGAAAUACUUCCGAUGCAAUACCACUUUAUUUGCCACAGCAAUUAUAUUUAAAACCAAUCGCUCGUAUGCAUAUCACUGUACAAUUACCAACAAACAUCAAAGCAGAUAAUACCGUUUCGAAUUGGGAAAUUAUGGAAAAAUUACGUAAUAUGAUAAAGCCCGAUGAAUUUUGUAUACUUAAAGUAGCAACAAGUUCAAUUGAAUUUAUUCGAUUCGAGGCAGAAAUCGAGGAUCGAGCUAAGUUGAAACGUGUUAUUGAACAUUUAAGUGAGAGUACGAUAAAAUUAAAAGGAUAUUCAGAAAAUUUAAAAGUACGUGCGGUUGAAACAAAAUUGGAUUUCCCAUCACGACAUUCAUGGGAUUCGUAUUUUCGUGAUGCAACAAACAUGGAUGAAAUGAAACCUGGGGAACGUCCAGAUACCGUGCACAUUUCUAAUUUACCAAUCAAAUGGUUUCUAUCAAAACAUGCAACAAAACGUUUGGACGAUGAAAGCUCAAAACCAUCGGAGAAUCUUUUACAUCGUAUUUUUUCCAAAUUUGGUGAUAUUCGUUUUGUGGAUAUUCCAAUUUGUGAUCCAUAUCGGAGUAAAAUGAAGGCACAUAUGUCUGGUAUGCAAACAUUUUCAUUCGAUCAAGAGCUGUUUUUCGAAGGAUAUGUUCAAUAUCGUGAUUAUAUAUCGUUUGUCCGUGCUAUGGACGCUUUUCAUAACAUGAAACUGUUACGCAAGGAGGGUGAUAAAGCGUAUGCGGUUAAUAUUAAAGUCGAUUUUGAUAAAACGAAACACUUAAGUGAUGCUUCAAUACGUCGUCGACAGAUUGUACGUGAUCGUUUGGUGGCACGUGAAAAAGAACGCGAAGAAAAGGAGAAAAAAGCUAUGGAAACGGAAGAAAAACAUAAAGAAGUUGAAAGGCAACGAGAAUUAAACGCUCAACAACAGAAACAGCAACGACAACAAGAGCGUGAAGAACGUCGUAAAACGCAGCAAUUAUCACGUUUAAAAGCCACCGAAUCUGAAGAAAUUAAUAAAAAGAUUGCAAUUGAAGAAAAGAAAUUAUUGAAAGCCCAACGAAAAUUACAAGCCAUACGUCUUACUGAGGAAUUAUUACGUAGAAUACGUGUUAAAAAAGAAAAUGAACUUUUGAAAUCUAAAAUGAAUAGUGAAAAAUCAAAGGAUAAAAAAUCAGUUGAUGAAUUAGAAGAAAAACGAUUAAAACUACAGAAAACUGUUGCAGAACGUGAAACUAUUAAAAAAUUGUUAGGACUCACAAUUAAAUCCAAAAAUGAUUCAGCGAGCUCGGAUGAUGGUGAUAAGAAAAAAAAGAAAUUGAAGAAGAAAAAGAAAAAAGAUGCAAAAAGUGAAGAUGAAAAAGAUAAAUCAAAAUUAUCUUCAGAUGUUGUUCCCCCACCAAUGGAUGCUCCAUUCUUGCCGAUGAAUUCCAAUUGGUAUGGAUACACACCAAUGUAUCCAACGGCUGGCCCCGUUUUUGGUAUUCCAUUACAAGGCCCAUCGACACAUCCAUUUCCUCCAAGAGGACGUGGAUUUUAUCCAAGACGGCGUGGUUCAUUCAAUCCAGAUUACAAGCAUGGAUGGCGUGGUCGAGGGCAUCAUAUGAAUUUAAAUAUUCCAACGCCUGACGAUGAAUAUUAUCGAUAUUUUAAGAAAUUGUCUGGAUAUACUAAUGAACACGAUGAUCGCGAAGACUCGAGAAGUCGUUCACACAGUCGAUCAAGAUCACGAAGUCGAUCACGGAAACGUUCUAGAACACGAUCCGAAGAUGAAUUAUCCGAAUCGUAUCCAACAUCAGCUGGUGUUCAUGGUGAACAAAACUAUAAAAAUUAUCGGGGGAGGGGUAUGCGUGGAUUUUUCCCACGUAGACGAGGUGGUUUUAAUCCUCGAUUUCGUGGUCGUGGUGGUUUUAAUCCAUUGUCUUUAGUUGAUGUCGAUCCAAAUUACUUAGAAUAUUUACAGAAAAUGGCAGGUUAUGCAGAAAAAUCGGCACGUUCGAAAAGUUAUUCGAGAUCUAGAUCUCGUUCACAUCGUCGUCGAUCGUAUUCUAGAAGUCGAUCUCGAUCUAAAAGACGUAGCCGACGUAGUAGAUCAUCAUCAGGUUCGUCACGACAUCAUAGUCGUAGGUCAUAUCAUAGUCGAUCCAGAUCUCGUUCAAGAAAAAGAUCACGUUCUCGUGAUAGUUCCAGGUCACGUUCCAAAUCAAGAAAUCAUUCAAAAUCAAAACGGUCACGUUCGAGAUCACGUUCAAAAUCGAAAAAUCAUACAAAAUCUAAACGUUCGAGAUCUCGAUCGUCUAGUUAUAAAUCAAUAGAUAGUUCAAAAUUUAUAUCACCAAGUCGUUUACGGAUACAAAAGAGUCGUUCAAAGUCAUGGUCGCUGCCACCACGGCGUAGUAAAGAUAAGAAUGAAAAGCGUGACCGUUCUUGGUCAAAAUCAGGUGAAGAAGAUGUUGACAAAGAAUAGUUUUAAGUUUUUGUAAAGUGUUUGUAAUAAAGUAUCUAUUUAAUUAAAAAGAAAUGGAAAUAUUUAUAGAUAAUUA